GGCCACUUGAAGGGGACAAGUGGACCCGGUUCUGUUCUGCUGCGGUCACUCACGGCAGAGGAUUUGGCGUGAACUCCAUCACACACUUUCAGGACUUUGUGGGAGAUUGUUCCAAGGUGUUCUCUUCUAAAAACCGGACCUGGUGUUGGGACUUCAGUUCUUGGUAGUGUUUCGGUGCCUCUGCAGGCAGACAUGUCCGGACAGAACUCCAAGACCGGUGGUUCGCCGGAGAGCCGCUUCCAUGUGGACGUGAUUAAUGAGGGAUCCUCAUCAGGCAAGGGAGAAACCAGAGCGCCCGAGGAGUCCAAAGGACGCUUCAGGGUGGGCUUCGUGGACCCGGGAGCGCUGGACAGCGCGGCCGACAUCGGACUCCCGCCAGACGUGAGCCACGAACCGGACUCAACCCGGUGCGACUCGGUGAGCCUGCACUCGACGGGGACGGGUACGACUCAGGUGUCGGACACGCACUCCACGUACUACAUGAGGACCUUUGGACACAACACCAUCGACGCCGUGCCCAACAUCGACUUUUACCGGCAAACAGAGGCGCCGCUGGGAGAGAAGAUGAGCAGACCUUCUCUGGCGGAACUUCACGACGAGCUCGACAAAGACCCCUUCGACGACGGGAUGGCCAACGGCGAGGAGUCCUCGGCGGCGGAGGAGGCGGCGGCGAGGGCGGCGAAGGAGGCCAAGGGAGGAAUGAUCAAGUUUGGUUGGGUGAAAGGCGUCCUGGUGAGAUGCAUGCUCAACAUCUGGGGUGUGAUGCUCUUCAUCAGAAUGUCCUGGAUCGUUGGGCAGGCCGGCAUCGGACUGACCAUCGCCAUCAUCCUGACGGCCUCGCUGGUCACCACCAUCACGGGUCUGUCCACCUCCGCCAUCGCCACCAACGGCUUCGUACGAGGAGGAGGCGCGUACUACCUGAUCUCCAGGAGCUUGGGCCCAGAGUUCGGAGGAUCCAUCGGCCUCAUCUUCGCCUUCGCCAACGCGGUGGCGGUGGCCAUGUACGUGGUGGGCUUCGCCGAGACGGUGGUGGAGAUGCUCAACGACGUGGACGCCCUGAUGACGGACGAGCUGAACGACAUCCGCAUCGUAGGAACGCUGACCGUCAUCCUGCUGCUGGGAAUCUCUGUGGCCGGCAUGGAGUGGGAGGCCAAGGCUCAGAUGGUGCUGCUGGUCAUCCUGCUGGGGGCCAUCGUCAACUACUUCAUUGGAAGCUUCAUGACCACAGAAGACAAGAAAUCCAAAGGAUUCUUUGGAUAUCAAACGGCCAUCUUUGUGGAAAACCUGGGUCCGGACUUCCGAGAAGACGAGACCUUCUUCUCCGUGUUCGCCAUCUUCUUCCCAGCAGCCACCGGCAUCCUGGCGGGAGCCAACAUCUCAGGAGACCUGACCGACCCUCAGUCGGCCAUCCCUAAAGGAACGCUGCUCGCCAUCCUCAUCACGGGGAUCACCUACGUGGGUGUGGCCAUCUCUGCAGGGUCCUGCAUCAUCAGAGACGCCACGGGCGACCUCAACGACACGCUGAGCGACACGGUCAACUGCACGGACGCCGCCUGCACGCUGGGGUAUGACUUCUCCAUCUGCAAGGAGGGAGGAUGUCAGUACGGCCUGAUGAACGACUUCCAGGUGAUGAGUUUGGUGUCAGCUUUCGGUCCUCUCAUCACAGCAGGGAUCUUUUCGGCCACCCUGUCGUCAGCUUUGGCGUCGCUGGUCAGCGCUCCUAAAGUCUUCCAGGCUCUGUGUAAGGACAACAUCUACCCGGGUCUCGGCGUCUUCGCCAAAGGUUACGGCAAAAACAACGAGCCCCUGCGUGGUUAUGUGCUAACCUUCUGCAUCGGAUUGGCCUUCAUCCUCAUCGCCGAGUUGAACAUCAUCGCUCCCAUCAUCUCCAACUUCUUCCUGGCGUCUUACGCCCUCAUCAACUUCUCCGUCUUCCACGCUUCCUUGGCCAACUCUCCAGGGUGGCGCCCCAGCUUCAAGUACUACAACAUGUGGGUGUCGCUGGCGGGGGCCAUCCUGUGCUGUGUGGUGAUGUUCGUCAUCAACUGGUGGGCGGCACUCGUCACGCUGCUCAUCGUCCUGGCGCUCUACAUCUACGUCAGCUACAAGAAACCUGACGUCAACUGGGGCUCGUCCACUCAGGCUCUGAUCUACAACCAGGCUCUGACCCAAUGUCUCAACCUGACUGGUGUGGAGGACCAUGUCAAGAACUUCAGGCCUCAGUGUUUGGUUCUGACCGGGUACCCAAACUCUCGACCCGCUCUUCUCCAGCUGGUCCAUUCCUUCACCAAGAACGUGGGCCUGAUGGUCUGCGGACACGUCCGGAUCGUGCGUCGCCGCCCCAACGUGAGGGAGGCGUCCCAGGAACACGCUCGCUGCCAACGCUGGCUCAACAAAAAGCGCAUCAAGGCGUUCUACGCUCCCGUCUUCUCCGACUCUCUGAGACACGGCGUGCAGUUCCUCCUGCAGUCUGUGGGUCUGGGCCGCCUAAAGCCCAACACGCUGGUUCUGGGCUUCAAGAGCAACUGGAUGGAUGGAGACAUGAACGACGUGGAGACGUACAUCAACACCCUCCACGACGCCUUCGACCUGCAGUUUGGAAUGGUGAUCCUGCGCCUUCGGGACGGUCUGGACGUCUCCCACAUCCAAGACCAAGACGAGUUGCUGUGGUCACAAGAGAAGCCUCCCGUCAGCAGUAAGGACCCCGUGGUGUCAGUCAAUCUGGCCAAAGACUCGGACUCGGACUCUUGUCCUUCCAAGACCACCAGCGCCCAGAGCAGCCCGCUCAUCAUCCGAGACGGAAAACCGGCGCUGAGUCUAAGCGAGCAGCGCCUGCUAGAGUCCAGUCAGCAGUUCAAGAAGAAACAAGGCAAAGGAACCGUCGACGUGUGGUGGCUUUUUGACGACGGAGGUUUGACGCUGCUGGUUCCUUACCUGCUGACCAACCGGAGCAAAUGGGCUGACUGCAGGAUUCGGGUCUUUAUCGGCGGGAAGAUCAACCGCAUCGACCACGACCGACGCAUGAUGGCGACGCUGCUCAGCAGAUUCCGUAUCGACUUCUCUGACAUCAACGUGCUGGGAGACAUCAACACCAAGCCCAAAAAGCACAAUAAGCUGAUGUUCAAGGUGCUGAUGGAGCCCUACAGGCUGAAGGAGGACGACAUGGAUCAGGACGAGGCCGAGCGGCUGAAGGCCCAGCAGCCUUGGAGGAUCACAGACAACGAGCUGGAGCUCUACAAGGCCAAGACCAACCGCCAGAUAAGACUGAACGAGCUGCUGAAGGAACACUCGGGCGAGGCCAAGCUCAUCGUCAUGACGAUGCCCCUGGCGAGGAAGGGCGCCGUGUCUAGCGCCCUCUACAUGUGCUGGUUGGAAACGCUGUCCAAGGAUCUCCCGCCGCUGCUGCUGGUCCGGGGAAACCACCAGAGUGUUCUCACCUUCUACUCCUAACACACAAACACAAACACAAGCCUUGUUUACUUAGCUAGCGAGCUAGCAUGUGUGCAUGAAGGCUACAUGACAAAAACAAGCUAAGUAAUGAAGUAAUUGUUUGUCACAACAAACAUUCCAAUCAAAGCCUUUUUGUUUUGUGUUCCUGCCGGGAAAAGUUAUUAUUACGUUCCGUCGCUAACUCGCUCACUAGCAUGUUUUAUUAGCCCGCCAUUUUGUUGUGUGGAUGUCAAGACAGAAUGCGUUUUGGAAUUAUGCAGUGUUGUUUUUCAAACUAGUUCGCAUGUUUGGUAACACAAUUUCAAUAAAAUAUGA